AUGUCCAUUGGAAUUGUAUCGCUCACUUCCGGGUUUGCCCGGUCUUCUGCUUUCAUUCCCACCCGGCCAGAAGCUCUGGUUCAGGAGCAGAGUGAAAGGCUGCCUUCGAGCCAGUUCUACUAUCUGACAAAAGAGGGCGCGAUUGUACUGUUUAUAGACGAUGUCCUGUGUCAGCAAAGAUUCACCCUUACCAAUUACAACAAGUUUUCCAGGCAGAGCUGGUUUAGCUUGCACCGAAUUGAAAUUAUUUUUAAUAAUUCAAUCCAAGCAACUUUUAAUGCAACUGGCAUAUAUGCUCCUUCGAGUUAUUCCUAUCACUGCCAGCGCGUCAGCAGCCUACAGCAGUACGAUGCCCUCCUGUUGCCCAGCGACGUGGAUGAUGUGUCAAGCCCGUGGGAGGUCACUUUUGUUGAUUUCCAGAUCCAAGGCUUUACCAUCAAGGGGGGACAGUUUGCCAAGGCCCGAGACUGCGCCCCUUCCUUCUCACCAGCCAUUCUGAUUGGCCUGGCCAUGUCCCUGAUCCUGCUGCUGGUUCUGGCCUACGCCCUGCACAUGCUCAUCUACCUGCGGUAUCUGGACCGGCACUACGACUUCAUCCCGUCUCCGGCCCGCUUUCCUCAGCUGAGAGCUCGAGAUGCAGCAGAAGAGAAGGAGCUGCUGAGGAGCCAGGGAGUUGAGUGCUAUGAACUGAGAACCCAGGAGAUCUGCAAAGUGUAUGUGUAGCAGCACAGGCCUUUGCUCCCUCACCAAGGCCACAGUGGGCUCUGAGGGGAGCCAUUUCUGUUCUUGCUGUUUGACUUCUGAUGCAAGGUUUUCACCAAACGGCUUGAUUGAAAAACAAGAAAUACAUGCCCAAAAUACAUUUUAAAGUAUCUCCCUGCUUAGGUAGACUUCGGGCAAUGUAAAAAGAAUUCUUGCCCUGGCUGGUGUGGCUCACUUGGUUGAAGCAUCAGCCCGUAGACCAAAAGGGGGUGGGUUUGAUUCCCAGUCAGGACAGUGUACGAUACAACAUUCGUUGAUGCCCAGCCCCACUCCUUCCAGAGCCUUCUACCCCAGAGCUCCCAUGGACCUCCGGCAGUGGCCCGGCUGGCCAAGCCUGGUGUUCUCUCCUUAUCCCCCUACCUGAACCCCUGUUGCCACUGCUUCCUACCUUGUUAGGGACCUUGAAUCUUAAUAGUUAUUAAUGCAAAA